AUGCACAUCACGCAGGUGGACGACAACCACCCGCUUCUGUCCCCCCUUUCAAGCCCCGAAAGCACAAAGUCCCCCGCGGUCAUCAAGCCCCACGAUGGUCCCGUACCACUCAUUUCCAUGUCAUCAGGUGACCCACCUCUUGCACGUCUCGAGACGCUCGAGCUCCUGAAGAGACCCACGACUACUCCCACUCCCACUCUUACAACGCAUUCCAAAGUCUUUAUUUGCCCGAAAGUGCAUUGCGGCAAGCAAUUUCCAAGAGCUUUUGCGCUGCGACGCCACAUGCGGAUCCACACAGGGACGAAACCUUAUGCGUGUGACUACCUCGGCUGCCUGCAGCGCUUCAAUACGUCGGGCAACUUGAGUCGCCACAAACGCAUUCACAGCGGCGAGCGCCCGUAUCCGUGUCUUUUUGCCGACACGUGUGGCAAACGCUUUAACACGAGCACGAAGCUCAAGCGACACAUGCGCGUCCACUUUCCCGAUGGCCCGAACGUCUUUCGGUGCAGCGGGCAGCACGUCCACUGCAAGUGGAGCUGUGACAAUUACAAAGACUUUACGCAGCACCAGAGAAGCCAUCACCCCGACAACCAGCAGCAGCAGCAGCCGGUGCAAGAAGACCCACGUCCUUUGACAGCUCCUAGUAAUAAUGGUGGGAGUCCAGGAACUAUCGAGGUGAACGACAAUAAUGGGUACUUUGUGACGGCCGAAGCUAGUCGCGAGGAGCCGACGGAUCAGGUUUUGUAUGCAAAGUACCAGGAUUCGACCAGUUCUAGUGGGAACUACUUUGCGUAUCCACCAAGUAAUGUGGACAAACCCAAGAGUAGCAGCAUGGCGGCUGUACCUCCUUGGAACAAACAUUUGGGGCUGCCAGCCUACUUUGGCUCGAUUGACGACCACGUUAGCAGUCUCCCAACAGUGUUGCCCAAGGUACCACGCAAAACAUCCAUCCUAACUCAACCAUACGGUUUGGAACCUCCACACCGGAUCAAAAUGAAUGGACAUCACGCGUUUGGCUCGUCAGUGCAUUAUGGAAACACAAACGCCGCGUUUGCAAUCAGCUCGGACAGCUCUUUCUGCCGUCCGAGUUCGUCUGGUAGUACCAACUAUUUUGCACCGCUUCGAACGGAAGACAAACGGGACGACAACAGCUACGAGCAGCACCAGAGGCAACAACAACUAAUGUUACCGCUUUCAAGUUACCACGUGCUUCGACCGCCUCCGCAAAGCGGCAAUACAAGCAAGUACAAUGGAUGUACUGUGUCAGCGCCAAUGCACUCAGCGGCGCCCGAGUUUACUGGCGAAGAGCUCAGUGCCGUACUGCAGCUUAUGAACGAGACGUACUAG